ACCUUUGACCUUAGUGGCGUUAUCGUUGAUAACCAACCAACGUGCCAAAGAUGUCAAAAAGUGGCGAAAGCGGUCCAAAGAAAGGAACUGAACCAAAGAGUAAUAAUACGGUUGGAAUAGAAAGCCAAAAUGUAAACGGAAGAGUGCCGAUGAAGGCGGAAACGCCCACUAUACCGAAACGCCGGCAGGAACUGUUAAAGUGGAAUGGUUGGGGUUACAGUGAUUCCAAGUUUAUUCUGAACAAGGAUGGACAAGUGGAAUUUUCAGGAGACAGGUAUCGUUUGAGUGGGCAGGUGAUGCCACUUCUCCGAGAAUGGAUGAUGGCAACUGUAGGCAUUAGUCUAGAUCACAAGACCCCAGCUCAGCCUCCCCUGACAGCCAAAGAUAUAAAUGCACCAAUAAGAAAUGAAGAAUUUAUCUCAGACCUUAGAAGGACCAGUAUUCCUUUUACAGAUGAUUGCCAGGACAGACUUUUCCGUGCUCAUGGACACACAUUACAUGAAAUUUUUGUCCUGAGAGAAGGAAUGUUUGACAGAAUACCUGACCUAGUAGUCUGGCCUCAGUGUCAUGAUGAUGUUGUAAAGAUCACAGCCUUAUGUUGUAAACACAAUGUAGUCAUUAUUCCCUUUGGAGGAGGUACAAGUGUGUCGGGUGCUUUGGAGUGUCCGGCGGAAGAAAGAAGAAUGAUUGUCUCCCUUGACACAUCACAAAUGAACAAGAUUCUGUGGAUUGAUGAGAAGAACCUGACAGCCCACUGUGAGGCCGGGAUAAUUGGUCAGGAUCUAGAGAGAAGGUUGGCCCAGAAAGGUUUCUGUACUGGACAUGAACCAGACUCUAUGGAGUUCAGCUCUCUUGGAGGCUGGGUGGCCACCAGGGCAUCAGGGAUGAAGAAAAACAUUUAUGGCAAUAUUGAAGAUCUGGUGGUCCACAUUAAGUUUGUGACCCCGCGGGGGGUGAUGGAGAAGAGUUGUCAGGUCCCCCGCAUGUCAUCAGGCCUAGACAUCCACCACUUUAUCAUGGGCUCAGAGGGAACACUAGGUGUGGUAACCGAGGUUACCUUGAAGAUCCGUCCUCUUCCUCCAUGUAGAAAGUAUGGCUCCAUAGUGUUCCCUGAUUUUGUUAAUGGCGUCAACUGUCUUAGGGAGAUAGCCAGGCAAAGGUGUGCCCCAGCCUCAAUACGACUGAUGGACAACCAACAAUUCCAAUUCGGUCAUGCUUUGAAACCUGAGUCGAAAUCCUUGUUAAAUAGUUUUGUUGAAGGCAUUAAAAAGUUUUACAUCACCAAACUAAAAGGUUUUGAUACCUCUAAGAUGGCUGUAGCUACUCUUUUGUUUGAGGGAACUAAACAGGAAGUAGCAGCACAAGAAAAGAGGGUUUAUGAAAUUGCAGCUCAGUUUGGGGGUUUGCCAGCAGGUGCAGACAAUGGAGAGAGAGGAUAUAUGUUAACUUUUGUUAUUGCAUAUUUAAGGGAUUUGGGCUUUGAGUACUACAUAGUAGCAGAAUCAUUUGAAACUUCUGUUCCUUGGGAUAGGUGUUUAGACUUGUGCCAAAAUGUCAAAGACAGGUUACACAGAGAAUGUAAAGAGAAAGGCAUUCAGUUCCCUCCAUACAUCACCUGCAGGGUAACCCAGACCUAUGAUGCAGGUGCCUGUGUGUAUUUCUACUUUGGUUUUAAUUAUCGAGGAAUUCAGAACCCAGUCCAUGUGUACGAGGAAAUAGAGGGGUCAGCCAGAGAUGAAAUCUUGGCAAAUGGAGGAAGUAUAUCCCAUCACCACGGUGUUGGUAAGCUGAGGAAGAAAUGGUUAAAGAAAACGGUAGGAGAAGUGGGCCUCGGAUCAAUGCGGGCCAUCAAGAGUUAUAUAGACCCCAAUAACAUAUUCGGAAAUGACAACCUUAUGAUUGGGGAAUCAAAGUUAUAAAACGUUGGAAAAUGUCAAAUGUUUUUCAAAUACAUGUAAGGUUGAUUAUACUUUUAUUGAAAAAAGUGAGAUAAAAGAUUCCAACACUCUUGAAUUAUUGUUUUAUCAUUUGGGUAAAAAAUUGCAAUUAUUAUGGUAUUUUAAUUUAUCAUUGAAUGUAAGAUGAAUAAAAUGUUUCAUGUGACAAAGCAAUACUGGUUAGAGGAAUGAGUUCAUAGCAAGAUCUUUUGUGAAUAAACUCUUUCUGGCUAGUGCAGUAUGUGAUGAUUCGUAUACAUGCACUCUAAAAUCUGUCAUGCAAGGUUAUGUUAAAAUUCGUUUGAAAUUACUGGUUCUCUGAACAAGAUCAUACAAUUUU